ACUAGUUGACUACCUGGUCAGUGAGUAAGGAGAAGUUGGCGGCCCUUUGCUUCCGAAGUUUCGGCACCGGCGGUCACAAUUAGUAUUAGUAAAACUGAAUAUCAGCUCCCAGGUGUGGAAUGAGCACAGGGACAUCAGAUGUACUGGCACCAGAGCAGGAGCCUGUAGAACUCGCACGUUUUAGAGAACAAUGGAAGGCAGAGGUCAGGGAACGGCAGACUGCCACGUCGGGUGUGCAAACUCAACCCGUUCCCGGUGCCAGCACUGCUGCAGAACGCAUCAUUCCCGCAGCUCGGAGUGAUGCCAGCGCGAAAACCGCUACUAUCACUAACACACUCUCAGCAUCUCCGAGUCGGGGGCCUGCCACCCAUGUCGUCGCAGGUGCGCCUGCCGUCACAACGCACGCAUCUCACGGUCACUCUCAUCUCAGUCCCAGUCUGGCUCAUGCUGUCGAGGUCUACCGCGAAGCAGUUUUUCAUGAGCAGCACAGCCAGCUAGAUGAGGCUCUUCGGCUCUAUCGUCAGGCAUUUCGUCUCGAUGCGAACGUCGACCGUGCGUACUUCAUAGAAGAACAACGCACACAUGAGCGUUCUGCUACUCAGCCACCUAGUCACAAGAAGGCUCCAUCUACUGUCUCUGUAGAUGAAGUUACACGGGAUGUGCAGAAGCUCGAAGUGCGCAAGGAUAGCAAGGAUAAAUCCUUCGUGACGUCAGGGUUUCUGGCACAAGUGCUCAAGAACUUUCCUGAGAAUCUUGUCUUUCAACCGGAGAAUGAGAAGGAAGGACUACCCAUCAAUCUCAUCCCUGACGAGCUUGUGCUCCAGAUCCUCCGAGUUCUUGAUUACACCACGAUUGAGCGGUUUGCGGCUGUCAGUCGUAAGGCACGAAUACUUAGUUUGGAUUCUGCGAUUUGGAGAGAUUUUGUCCAUUUGGCAUAUAAGCCUCCCCAAAUUGCUGAUAAUGAGUCUAUAACGAAUAUCAUGGAACUGUACAGUUCGGACUACCGGAGAGCUUAUAUUGAACAUCCUCGCUUGCGGAUGGAUGGAGUUUACAUUGCUGUUUGCCAUUACAUGCGGAUGGGCUCUAGCGAGAACGCCUGGGUAAACGUAACUCACCUCAUCACAUAUCAUCGAUACCUCCGAUUCUUCCCCAACGGACAGGUGUUAUCCCUCCUCGCUAACGAGGAAUGGCAACCCCAGACCGUUAUUCCAAUGCUCAAGCCGAGCCUGCGCAUGAAGGGUUUCUACAUUGGCAACUGGUCUCUGUCCGGUAGCACUGUUUACAUCACAAACCUUGUCGAGAAGCACCUUUCGCAUGCGCACGCCACUACAGAGCCGCAGCGGAACAGGUAUUUCUUCCAGAUGACGCUCGCGUUACAUUCACGUCCCCUCGGACGGUGGAACAAGCUCGAUUUUAUUGGGUAUGACUCAGUAAAUGUGGAGGAUGGGGAAGCGGUGCCGCUGCCGCUGAGGAACGAACGGUCGUUUUGGUUCUCGAAGGUGAAGAGUUGGCCGGGGUAUUAGAAUGGGUUGAUAUGCGAGUAUGGCUAGAUGAGCGCUGGAAGUUUCUCAUGCACGAGACCGAGUAUAUGCGCUGUAACAUUUAAUAUUCGAUGGAUGAGUAUUGAUGCAUCGAUGAGUCGAC